CCUCGGUCAAUUGCAGCAUAAGUGGCACCGCAGCAGUGCUAGCUCACCUUUACAAGCAGCGGCUGGCUUUGGCGUGGGUGGAGGACUCGAGGGCUGUGCUGGCACGGAGACGAGAGGGCGGAGAUCGAGAUGUCCUGGCGGCGGUGCGGCUAUCAGCGGACCACAAGCCAAACAUCGAGGAAGAGAGGGCGAAGAUAGAGGCCAGUGAAGGCAGCGUGCAGCA